AUGGCAAAAAAGCGUGCAAGAGAUGCAGACGGUCAGUCUGAGACGGCAGCCACCUCAGUAGACAAGAUGGACGAGGAUGGCAGUUCAGACGACGAGGACUUCAACAUCGUUAACGUUGACUUUGAGUGGUUCAACUUCGACCCCGAGAUUGACUUCCACGGUGUCAAGCAGCUCCUCCGGCAAUUGUUUGACGUCGACUCUCAGCUAUUUGACAUUUCCGGGCUCGCGGACCUCAUACUACAGAACCAGACUAUCGGCUCGACUGUCAAGGUCGACGGCAAGGGCAAUGACGCAUAUGCCUUUCUCACAGCCCUCAACCUAAAGGAGCACAAGGACAAGAAGCCUGUGCAAGAUCUGGUGGAGUAUAUAUCCGCGAAAGCCAGCCAGUCUGGCAACGAGAACCUGGCCACGUUCGUUCCCAAGGUCCUGGCGGAGAAUCACGUCGCGCUCGUGCUGGGAGAGCGUCUCAUCAACAUGCCCCCCGAGAUCUCACCACCAAUGUACUCCAUGCUUGUCGACGAGGUGGAGGCAGCCGUGGAGGACAAGGAGCCGUACGACUUUACGCACUACCUCGUGGUCUCCAAGACCUACAACGAGGUGCAAAGUAUCUUGGACAGCGAGACACAGAAGCGCAAAAAGGCCAAGGAGGAGACGCCGAUGUUCCACUUCCACCCAGAGGAUGAGGUGUUUGAGAGGCAUGCCGUGGCGUAUGGGAGUUACCCGCUCACAAAAGACGACGAGAACGUGGCGGACAGCAAGAGGGCCUUCCAGGAGAUGGGGGUCAGGAGCAUGGGCUACAUGGCCUUGAUCGAGGCGGCCAAGUUCCCCGAAGCUGUGAAGAAGGUCGCAGAGUACUUGAGUCCACAAUGA